CCUGCACCUGCGUGGGAGGCCUGGAUGGAACUCCUGACCCAGUCCUGGCUGCCAUGGGCGUUGGGAGUGAAGCUGUGGGUGGGAGCGUGCUGUCUCUCUCUCUCUCUCUCUCUCUCUCUCUCUCUCUGUUCCGUGUUCCCACAGCUCGGGUGGACACCCUGCUGAAGGACUUCCUUCCCUGCUACCGAGGGCAGCUGGCGGCCUCUGUCCUGAGGCAGAUCUCCCACGAGGUGGACCCCCAGGAGCCCGUGGGGUGCCAGCUACUGCACAGCAAGAAGCUGCCCCGCGUGCGGGAGCACCAAGGACCCCUGACGUUGCUGCGGGGCCACCCACCACGGUGGCAGCCCGUCUUCUGCGUCCUGCGCGGGGAAGGCCUCCUGCAGUGGUUCAGCAACAAGGAGGACCACGAAAGCGGGGGGCGCCCCCUGGGCUCAGCCGCCCUGACCGGGUUCACACUCCUGACUUCACAGUGUCAUUACCUCCAGCUUCUGGACGCCAUCUGCCCGCACACCUCGGGAGGCCCCACGCCGGAGGAGCCAGAGGCCCUGCUGGACACAGCUGUGAGCUGGCCCCUGUUCCUGCAGCACCCCUUCCGCCGGCACCUGUGCUUGGCAGCAGGCACCCGGGAGGCACAGAGGGCCUGGCGGCUGGUCCUGCAGAGUGGCAUCCGCCUGCGGGCCACAGUGCUGCAGCGAAGCCAGGCCCCCGCCGCCCGCGCAUUUCUGGAUGCCGUCCGCCUCUACCGGCAGCAUCGCGGCCACUUUGGUGAUGACGACGUGACCCUGGGCUCGGACGCCGAGGUGCUGACGGCGCUGCUGCUGCAGGAGCUGCUGCCGGAGCUGCGAGCGCACAGCCUGCCCGGCCUGCGAGGGGCUGGCCGCGCCCGAGCCUGGGCCUGGACCGAGCUGCUGGACGCCGUGCACGGCGCCGUGCUGGCCGCGGCCUCGGCCGGGCUGCGCGCCUUCCAGCCGGAGAAGGACGAGCUGCUCGCCUCCCUGGACCGGACACUCCGCCCCGACCUGGACCACCUGCUGCGGCUGCGGGAGGCGGCCGCGACGCGCCUGCGCGGUGAGGCAGGGGGCGGGGCCAUGGCAAGAAGGGGCGGGCCCGCACCAAGUAAAGGCGGAGCCAGCUGGGGGCUAGAGGCGGGGCUGGAUUGCCGUUGGGCGGGGCCUAGAGGGGGCGUGGUCUGGGUGGAGCCUGGAGUGCACAGGGAGGUGGGUCCGCAGGUGCACCAGGGGCAGAGGCCGGGGGUUCGAAUCCCCGCUGCGCCAAGCUUCAGUGGAGAGGGGCCUGGGGGCGACUUGGGGCCCUGUGGACCCCCGGCCAGUCCUCCCGCUCCUGCCCACUUGGCAGCCCAUCUCCAGGUCCAGCUGGAGUCGUGCCUGUGCCGGGAGGUGGACCCGCAGCUGCCUCGGGUGGUGCACACACUGUGGAGCGCCAUGGAGGCCACGCUGGGGGCUGUGCGAGGCCUGCUGGCCCAGGCCAUGGAGCGCCUCUCUCGGCGGCUGCGCCGGACCCCAUCCGGAGAGCGGCUCCGCCGGGAGGUCUACACCUUCGGGGAGAUCCCUUGGGACCCCGAGACGAUGCAGCUGUGCUACCGGGAGGCAGAGCGCAGCCAGAAGCACCUGGAGCAGCUGCUGUCCCCGUUCGGCUUCCUGGGCAUGCGGGGCCUGGUGUUUGGGGCCCAGGACCUGGCACAGCAACUCAUGGCCAACGCCGUGGCCACCUUCCUGCAGCUGGCUGACCAGUGUCUGACCUCGGCCCUGGACCGCAACCAGGCCGCUGGGCAGCUGGAGAAAGUGCAGGGCCGUGUGCUGAAGAAGUUCGAGUCGGACAGCAGGGCGGCUCAGCGCAAGUUCACCUGCGGCUGCCUGUCUCACAUCUUCCUCCCCUUCCUGCUGAGCCGGCUACAGCCGGGCAGCAAGGUGGAGCUGGCCGAGGCCGAGGGGGGUGUGCUGGCCGCUGUGAGCAGCACCCAGGCCCUGACCGUUGAGGGCGUCUGUGUGGACGUGAUCCAGGCUGCCCUGAGCGAGCGGAUCGACCUGGAACUGGCAGCUGCCCAGGGUGCUGGCUGCUUGGACACCCCGUGGAACCCAGAGGGGGUGAGCAGCUGAUGUCUUGCAGAGCGGACCGUGCAUGCGCCUAGGGUGGUCGCGCAUGCGCGUAGGCUGGUGCACCUGCUGGCGCCGACGGACCCAGGCCUGGAAAGACUUUUUUUAUUAUUAUUAAAUAAAGCCGCAUCUGUGUUGAAGCUGGA